UUUUGGAGCUGACCAAAACACUAAUUAGCCUAAUCCAAGAAAGCAAAAAGGAACAACAAGAGCUCGGCUGGAGGCUAUGAUGAGAAAUAUGCGGCCCAUCGCGGUACGCGCCGCCCCAAUCCAACAGGGAUUGGCCCCGACGCCUGUUCUCGGAGGGACCGCGGGCAAUCUGAACGUUUGUUACACAUGCCAUCAACCGGGGCAUCUAGCUCGGGAUUGCCCCCACCGGCCCCCGCAACAACGGGUCGGAGCCGCACCAGUAGCUGCGACACCAAUCGCUAACGGGUCGGGAUGGGUAGGAACACUGAUGGAAGAAAUGGAAAGCGGAGGAAGUACGUUAGCUACCAAAGAGGAGGCUGCUGAGCUCAUUCCGUUGGAUCAAUACGUAUCACUUGGGUAUCCGGGGCUCGGGAUGAUCGGUACGAUUAGACCCGCACCGGAACAACGAGAAGUGGCAAAGUGGCGACCUUCUCGAGGAGAGAUGGAGUCGAGAGGACCCACCUUCGUCACCGGCGAAAUCGAUGUUCUAAACAUCGUCCGAGCAUUGGAUCAUCGGAUUCCUCUUCCGAUCGGUCAUUUGCUUUCGAUAUCGGAACAAACUAACGAACAUAUGCUGCAGCACUGCAAAGCAAAUCGAAAGCGAUUUGCCCUUGCCCGAACGACCAACACGAAAACGAAAGAACCAAUGUCAGACGAAAAUGCCGCAGGCGCUUCCGAUCCUAUACGCAUAGGGCUAAUCCAAAAGGAUGAUAAUUUCCUGCGGAUUAAACCUAUCCCAUGGAAAUCCACGGAAUGUGACAUUGAGGUGUGGGAAAUUCCAUACAAUGCCAUCAUUGAUUCAGGAGCCGUUGUUUUGGCUAUUUUGCUACGGGUAGUUGAAAGAGCAGGAAGAAAGAACGACUUAAUUAUGCUAGCAGAAAGAGAUCAGCUCGUUUCCGUAGACGAAGAAAAGAUUAAAACAGUGGGACAGAUGACCAAUGUUGCAUUUCGAUUAGGGAAGAUGCAUGCUUUGGGAGAUGUCGUAGUAUUAAAUGUCAAUACUUACGACGUUCUUUUCGGCCUUCCCGCCCUGGUAGCGCUGCGAGUCAAUCUGGACUUCGAAAGACGGUCGAUUAUCCUCCGAAAUACGGGAGGGAAACCUUAUGUUGUACCGAUGAGACCGACCCUUCGUACUACCGCUAACCUAGCUCGACGAGUAUCUCCCGCGAUGACGGGGACCCUUCGUAUGAUUACCUGGGACAACGGGCAGACAUACAAGGACGCAGACAGCAGCGAGGAUGAUGAUGAUCCCGUAAUCGUGGAGAUGGCACAAGAACGAAUCCAGUACCCCGUGCAACGGACAAAUGUUAAAACAAUGAGCAGGACUAACCAAGAUUUGCAAAGAACACAAGCUAUGAUUAUGGGAGAACAUCUCGUACAAAUUUCAAGGAUGGUCGACUCUUUGGAACCCCCUCGAACCCUGUACAAAGGGAUCUCCCCUCUUCUCGCCCGAUAUAACGACAAAAGGCACUACUGCGAUAUCACGGAUCUCCCGAAGUCUCUGUUGACACCCACAAAAGAAAUUCGAUUGUUGCGAUUGGGGGCAAAGAUCAACUCUUUGGAACCCCCCAAGCGCCUCGAGAAUGGGCUCGGAAUCAGGAUUGCAACGAAACCUGUGAUGUGGCAAGACGUUCGAGAUGGAGUAACACCUGAAGAACAUGUGGUCAUUCGAGAACAAAAUACGCAGAUGAUGGCCACGGUGUUCUCUUGGCGAUCAGAUAACUCAUUCAUCUCCGCGCCCCCGCCAGAAAAUGUCAAGCGGAUGAAUACAAAGCAUAUCAAUUUGGCCGACGAUCUCCCCCUCGAGAUCGUCUCGCAGAGCGACGAGAGCCCCGUUCCGCACGUCCUCACACGGACUUUGACGCCGUACCUUCAGUGGUCAGCGUGCCUGGAGGAGCCGCGAAGCAGCUCUAACCCGCCAUCGCAGCGGGAUUACCUGAACCCGCGGGAGAUCAUCGAUCUCCCCGUCUUCCAGGAUCGAGCAGCCUCCGAGGACAAAGAGAUAGCAAUCAAAGAAGAAGAAGCCACUGAAGAGGACGAGGAGGAAGAAACCCCGGAGGAAGGCAGUUACAGUGAGCACAGCGAGGGCGAGCAGAGUGACGAGAAGGAAGAAGACGAGGAAGAAGAGGAGGACCUAGAGCUGGAGGAGUCUGAGUGGGAGAUCUCGGCGGAGGAAGCGGAGCAGACGAACACUCGGGCGGAAGACCCCGAAGCGGCGCACAAAAGAGACGAGAUCACGGCCGAGAAACGACAGUUGGAGUUCGCCAGCGCGGCAAAUUUGUCGAUCACCGACGAUCCGGCCCGCGAUCCCGAGCCACCUAAGCCUGAAGAUGGAGAACAGGCUGAGACUUGGAGCGCACCGGCAGGGCGGCGACGAAGCCGAUCCCCCUCCCCCUCCGCCUCCGACCGUCCAUCAGUUCGAGCCCGUACCGAUGCGGGCCAUCGGGCUUCGUCCCCGGUCGUUAUCCCGUCGUCCCCUUGAUCACCUCACCCUCCACUAGAUUACCACCCGUGUCACCUUCCCCCGCAA